GUUCUAUCCGUAAAAGGAACCUGUUUUGUACAUUAUCCGAUUUUUGUGACAUCCGGCCUCUUAAUUCAAAUUUUAUUACAAGGAGUAAUUUACAGAACAGAUUGGCAAUAAACAAGGCAAAUGUCCGAUAUCCUCUGAACUCGAGAUCCCGGCACCUCGGAUGUUUUGCAACUGAAAGGAGAGAUUCGGGCAAUCUGUGAUCUUAAAUCUUAAUUGUCCUAACAUGGAUCGUGUGUUGAAAGCUGCCCGGGCUUCUGGUUCUCUCAAUCUCUCCAAUAGAUCUCUCAAGGAAGUGCCCGAUGAUGUGUAUAAAUCUUUGGAUGCUGUUGGUGAGGGUGAAAAUUGGUGGGAGGCAGUUGAGUUGCAAAAGCUAAUAUUGGCCCAUAAUGAUAUCGAGUUUCUAAAAGAAGACCUUAGAAAUUUACCUCAAUUAACGGUGCUGAAUGUGAGCCAUAACAAGCUUUCUAAUCUUCCAUCUGCUAUCGGAGAGCUUACUAUGUUGAAAUUAUUGGACGUAUCGUUUAAUUUGAUAAGUGAUUUGCCGCAAGAGAUUGGGUCGGCAGCCGCAUUGGUGAAGUUAGAUUGCUCAAGCAACCGAUUGACGAGUCUUCCCACCUCUCUUGGAAAUUGCUUGAAUUUAUCAGAACUAAAGGCAUCAAACAACUGUUUGACCAUGUUGCCAGAAGAUCUUUCCCAAUGUUCCAAGAUGAUGAAAUUGGAUUUAGAGGGAAACAAGCUUAGCAUGUUGUCUGAGAAUGUGAUCGCAUCGUGGACAAAGCUAAGUGAACUCAAUGCAGCGAAAAAUUGUUUGAGCACAGUGCCGGAAAGUAUUGGAAACCUUACACGUCUGAUUCGUCUUGAUCUUCACCAAAACCAAAUCUCAUUAAUCCCAUCGUCAAUAAAGGGCUGCUCUUCCCUUACUGAGCUUCAUAUGAGGAAUAACUCUUUGUCUUCAUUACCGCCCGAGAUAGGAGAACUCUCUCAGUUGGGGACAUUAGAUCUUCACUCAAAUCAGUUAAAGGAGUACCCUGUGGAAGCAUGCAAGUUGAAUCUUUUAGUUCUGGAUUUAUCAAAUAAUUCGUUGUCUGGCCUGCCUAGUGAGAUUGGAAGAAUGACAACUUUGCGAAAGCUUUUGCUAUCUGGAAAUCCAAUGAGGACCCUACGAAGUUCACUGGUAUCUGGGCCUACACCGGCUUUGUUGAAGUAUCUUCGAAGUAGACUUCCGACUGAAGAGUCUGGACCUAGUUCUGCCAAAAAGGAAAAUGUUGUGGAUAUGGCAGCACGAUUGUCUAUUAAUUCAAAGGAACUGUCUUUAGGAGGGCUAUCUUUGACUACUGUCCCUGCAAAAAUAUGGGAGUCAAAUGGAAUAACGAAAGUUGAUUUAUCAAGAAACUUAAUUGAAGAGUUACCAGUUGAACUUUCCUCUUGUGUGUCCCUUGAGGUUUUGAUUCUAUCAAGAAACAAGAUUAAAGCCUGGCCAAGUGCAAUUUUGAAGUCACUCUCCAAUCUUUUAUGUUUGAAGCUGGAUAAUAAUCAACUUGGGCAGAUUCCAGCAGAUGGGUUCCAGGCUAUAUCCAAGCUCCAAAUUCUGGACCUAAGUGCUAAUGCAGGUGCUUUACCGGAACAAGCUACAUUUUCUAGCUUACCAAUGUUGCAAGAGCUUUACUUGAGACGGAUGUCAAUAUCAGAAGUUCCCUCAGAUCUAUCAAGUCUGCAGCAGUUAAGAAUUCUUGAUUUGAGUCAAAAUGCCAUUCAAUCAGUCCCUGAGGGUUUCAAACAUCUUACUUCUCUUUUGGAGCUUGAUCUUACUGACAACAAUAUUAGUUCACUUUCACCGCAACUGGGCAUUCUUGAACCCAGUCUACAGGCGCUGAGACUUGAUGGAAACCCAUUGAGAAGCAUCCGUAGGGCGAUACUGGAUCGAGGAACGAAGGCUAUUCUGCAAUACUUGAAGGACAAAAUUGUAGACAUCUAGUUCCUGUUGUACAUUAGAUUGUUUUGUUGAUGAGCUUGUUGUACACAGCAUAUCCUUAUAAGUGUUCAGUGUUAUUAGUACAAAAGCAUAUGUUUGAGAUUCACUUCUUCAUGUUGUUUUCUGGACACCUUUUUCUUUGAUAGCAACAUGUACAUUACAAGUAUAACAUUUUUUUUUCCUGCUCCGGGAAGGAGAUUAUGUCUUUUUAAA